GGGGAGGGGAUCAGACUGGUUUACCCUCCAGGAGCUGUUGACAGUCCCCUGAAUGUAAACAUAACAUCUGAAGAUCCUUCCAAGUAUGAGGGCUUUCUUAUUCGGAAGGAUCUCGAAAAUGACGUCAUGUUUAGUGCACCCAUCCUCAAUCUUCAACCGAAUGGCCAUUUCUUCAAGAAGCCUGUCACCGUAACAACCAAGUUCACAAUUCAGGAUAUUAGGUGUAGUGACGUUCUUGUUUUGCAUGGCACCGAUGCAGGAGCCGGGAAGAUUACUUGGGAGGAUAUUACUGAAAAGACAAAAAUCGAUGAAGAAAACCAACUCGUGACCGUUGAAAUAGCACAUUUCUCUCGAAUUGUGGUUUUGUCACUAAAGUGCAGUUGGACUCGCAAAGACAUUUUCUCCCGGUUCAACCUACGGGCAUUUCAGUACACGUUAUAUGUAUUAAAGAAAAGCUGUUCCUCGUCCGAGCAAGUUGAGAGAGAAGUUGAAGAAGAACUUGCCCUACUAUUUGUGAGCGAAGACGUGUGUCACGAACAGUUAUACAAAGAGCAGGAAUCUUCAGCUUUGGUCCAACUAGAAAAAGAACGAUUUGUAAAGCUACAUGUUCGCUGUAGUGAUACCCAGGAAAAAAGGCGGAUAUACCACAACGAAAUCCUUCGCUUAGAGAUUCACAUUGGGGAAGACUACGAGGUAGUUGAGGAAAAUACAGAGUUCAACGUACAGUCUUCAAAUUGGUGGAACGCUGGAGAGGUUGUCAGGCUUCCUCUUCAAGCGAAUCAAGAUGUCAGAAGUUUGUGCGGAACGAUCACCGUACGAGGAGAAUACGGACACAUUAGCACUUGGCACUUCAGUGAAGAAGGUAAGUUUGUGAGGAUGAUGUUUAGCCAGUCAGUCAGUUCCCCCAACAGGAAACGAAGCUUUGGCUAUGUCAGUUGUUCAAAAGGUGUGUAGCUCUAUUCACCGGAUAAAUCACUCUCCAAGCCUCGUUUGUAGUCAAAACUCUUCGCAUUCGCAUUCUUUGGACGUGAAUAUUUCUUUCAACUGUUCUACCCCUGGCUGGGAAUUCAUUUAUGUAAACCUUGGCAAAUCGGCGCAACUAUUCAACUUCAAAACAAUGCGUGGUGGUGAAAUUUGCUCGUCUGACGUAAACAUGCGUAAGGGUCAUUGAAAACGGAAUUAUUUUUCCGAAUAAUUAUCCACUGGAUAGUACUUUAUCCGGUGGAUAGGUGAAUAGCGCUAUCCACUUUCUGUACAACUGGAGCCAGAUGCUCUACUACUGAGCUACAGGAAACUCGUGGCAGCUGAGGCCAUUAAACGAGCUUCAUUGGACAAACAUUCUGCAUACUACUAGGUCUGAAAUGUGUGUUUGCUUGCUAUAGGAUAAUCUACAUACUAAUGUUACUUUUGUACCGUUUUCGAUGACAGUGGCAAAACGGCUGUGAAGUGAUUUAUAUUUAGUAAAUAAUUGCCUCUUUACUGUGGGCUGUUUGGGCCAAUACCAGAAUAACGUUAUUUUUCACAACCGAUUUCAAGAGCGCUGUCUUGAGUGGUAGGCGCUAAGAAGGUAAAGGGGAUUUUCAGUACUCGCUUUAAGCACAUUAAGUACUGCGAGGGCGAGUGUGCGCAUCAUCUACCUAUACUUAAGUAUGUAUUUUUAAGUUUCCUUAGUGUCAUUGUAAGAGCAUUGAGACCUUGUAUUAUACUCUAAAUAUAUUGCUAUUAUUAUUAUUAAUAUUAAUAAAAUAAUAAUUAUUGUUAUUAUUAUUAUCACCUUUCCUUCACUUUUAAGCGCUUCUUCAGGAUUCCAUCUUUAUGGGGAUAUUUAUUAGUCUCUUCAUCAGCUCUCUUGUUUAUAACAGCGAGGAUUAGCGUAGUUGGUUACUGCCCGGCCUUCUAUGCAUGGUGAUGCGGGGGGACCCCGACCUCGAUUGCCAGUUGUGAUCUCAAAUCCUUGUUUCGACUUCUUUCCUUUACGUGUAGCUUCUAGUACCUUCAAAUACCCAUAAAACGGAGCACUGAUGGAGAGAAGGCGGUAAAAUGAACACCCCGUCUGCCUCAAAAAUGUCGGUCUAAUGAUUGCAGUCACGAGUUACCGACACAAAAUGAGGACCUUUACCCAGUUGCAUUUCAAGCGGCCUCAGGUCCUUCGUUAUCGAAUUUUAUGGUUGUAUCCGUCUACUCUUGAUACGAAAAAAUAUGAUAUGCGGUUAGCUUACUUACAUUUUUAUCCUUUUAGUUUCAGACCUCUGUGGCUAUGUAAGGAGCUUGCUUGGUGUAGAAGAUGCCAUUUUUAACUUGAUUCCCAUUGCUAGGUCGCUUGACAUGCCUGACAAGGUAUUGAAUGAUGUCACGAAGUGUUGGAAAGACGAAAGCAAGCAGCUGAACAUAAUUUUGAAAUACUGGUCAACAACGGAGAAGAAUGUGGCAGAAGAUGUUGAUGCUCUCAGAAGAAACCUUGAGAAGUUAAAACAGGGCUUCCCUGGUAAAGUUUUAACCCCUAGAAUCUUUUAACUAACGCCAGUUAUCCUCCAAAAAGGUUAAGAAGUUCACCAUGACGAUUUCCGUUGAAAAAUUCAAGUUAUUUAUAUGUCGACGCCUUUUACAAAACCCUUUUAGAUACUUGCUUCCCACGCAGACGUUCUUUUGGCUCGUCACGCAAUCCUAUCGUGGGAAGGACCCCGUGACGAAGCCCUAAGCACGUCUGCAUGGGAGGUUAUUUAGAUACUUGUUCAUCACAAGUACUAAAAGUUGUGUUCAUCUAAAGCUAUUCACGACAAUUUCAUUUGUAACCUUUCUUUCUUCUAUUAAUUAUAUAAGUAAGUAACUAAUUUAUUUAUUUACCGUAAAAUUCCGAAAAUAAGCCCCUCUAAAUGUAAGCCCCCCAAACUCGUAACACAAAUAAAAAACCUUUCGUGAAAUCGCCCCUCCGAAUAUAAGCCCCCCGGGGGCUUGUACUUGGAAAUUGCCCUCAAAUACAAAGUAAAACAAACCAAAGACGGUAAAUUUCCUUCCAACUAUAAGCUACAAUCCCGGACAAAACUACUUGAGAAAGUUUUCCCCAUCAUGUCCACUUUCCUACGCAACAAAACUAUUUCUAAAACGACGCCUUUGCGGAAAGAAAACCUCUUCCCCCAAUUCAAUGUUGCUUCCCACAAGCGCCCAGGGAUCAGGCUUUCUUUUGAAUACACAACAACAUUGCUUUCAGGGGAAGGGGGAGAGGGAAGAACCGGCACAGCUACGAUGUUUAGAAAAAUGCUGUCCAAGUAUACAAUUUUCUCAACAGUUUUGUCCAAGAUUGUAGCCCAGUCGAUUUUGAAACGCAAACUUCCCUCCGUACAUAAGCCCCUCAAAAAGGGCCUUUGAAAAAUAUAAGCCUCGGGGCUUAUUUUCGGAAUUUUACGGUAUUUUAACAAUGAAAAGAUUUGUCCUUUUUAAAUCUUGCCUAUUUUUAUCUCCCGAAAAACCUCAGAGACAUGUCCAGCACUUUGGGAUUUUUGGAGUAUUUCUUUCGAUUUUUAUCUCAGGAACAGUGGGAUAAGGGACUGGGCAAACCAGCUGACAUAAUAGUCCCUGUUUACGGAGCCGAGUCUAAGUGUUUUGAUGAAAAAUGUAUAUUUGCACGGCUUGACGCACGUAGCAUCUCUCUUUUGCGGAGUGGAUGGUUCUUACUUUCAGCAACUAAACUCCACAACUAAUUGACAUGAUAUCUAUUUAAAAAAAAUCGGUCAGAACUAGAGCUAAAUUUGACGUUUAACCGCGAUGUUCGUUUGAUUAGUACUUCUUCCGUGUCGCUACAAUUCCAUCCGUUCGGCUGUAAUAACUUUUACAUCUAUCUAUUGUAAAUUGCCACUUCAGUAAUUUCUGUUUACGUGUAUUUUGCAAAAAAUGUGUAAGGGGGUUGAUCCUCCCCAGUCCCUUCCUUCCGUCUUGUUUAAGGUUGAUGAUGAAGAGUUGUUGGGUUGGUAACUGUCUCUCUUUGUGUGUCAAGAGUUGGAAUAGACCGCCAAGUAAUAAAAACGUAUGGGACGAUAACAGGUAGAAUGGAACCAUGCAUUAUAUAUCUGUUGAUUUAUUAUUGUACAAAUUGCAUUUCUACAGACCAGGCAAGUUACAAAGUUACAGAAAGAGGCCAGAUGCUUAUAAGAAACUUGCGAGAACUUGCAACUAAGAAUGCUGAGGCCGGUUUGUUUCACUUUUGCUCUACAUUACUAAGAGACCUGUGCAUCGAAAUGGAAAGCUCCGCUGAGGGCGUGGAAAAAGCGGCCUUGUCCACAAACAGUGCAGAAUAUUUUUUAGUCAACCAUUCAAAUGAGAAUCACCUAUCAAGUGCAAACCGACGACCAAUACCACAAGAUGUCGCAUCCAAGUAUAGACAAUUGUUUUCGCUGCCUAAUAAGCCCUGUCUUAAAACUCUCCUGGCCAUCACCCCUUACCUUAUUCAAAACAUCAAGGAAAUCUAUGUUGACUGCGAAAGUACGGAGCCACAAAAUGGUUUAAAGGGAUUGUCAAAGGAAAAAGUUGAUCAUUUCGUGGCAGAUGUUGAAAAGGCAGAACAGGAGGAAGACUACGAGGGUCUUAUUUUUUUGAUAUGUCGUGUUCUCGAAAAAUUGUCCAAAAAAAAUGUUAAGGAUCCGGUACUUUUAGAAAUCGAAGAGAUGAGCGAAAGUCUGGAAAUUCGUCAAAUGCUGAAGCCUUUGAAGCGUUUUUUUCAGCACAGUCGGCAAGACAUUAGAUUGCAUAUGAGAUUACACCUUUUUUCUCGUCGCCUUAGGGAUACAUUGACCAGGCGCGCGGAGAGAGAGAAAAUUGACGUCUUUCCCCUUCAUAAUGUUCGCAACAUGUUGUUAAGCCUUCUUUGUUUCGCCAAGCAUGAUCCAUCAAAAAUUGUAAGAUUUGAGCUGACUGAUGCAACCAAUUUCCCUUUGUCUUGUUACCCUGAGAACGUAACAUAUAACAAGCCCGAAGCUACAUACAGUCAGAUGUUUCGCGUGAAAAAAGAGUCCGAGGAGGUACUUCAACUACAUGCAGUAGCACUUGUUCAUAUCGAAGAAGACAAAGAAAGGAAAAAGAGUGAAAUAGAGCAGAGAGAGAAAGGAUCCUUCCAGUCUGAGAUCGUGUUACAUGCGUCCGACGAAAGAGCGUUUGACAGAUGCAUGAGACGUCAUCCCAACAUCGCUGUAUUGAAGCUGAAGGACAAACGUUGUGGAAAUUUGCGUGUGAUCCUUUGUUCAAGGCAGCAAGAGAAACUCUUCAACGUGAAAAUUGCCUUAGAACGAAAACUGCGUCUUGAUUUCAAAACGUCGAAAAUCACAUGGUAUGGCCUAAAAAUGGCCUCCAUUGAAUCCGAGACAGGAGCGUUUUUAAGUCUGCGACUUGUGUACAAAUGGGGAUCCGAAAGAGUUGUUCUUGACAGCAAGGACUUUGUAACUUUGGCCAAUUGCUCCGUUGGU